GUUAGCAGUAGUUAUGUGGCUUGCAGUAUGUGGAGUUUAUGUAUGGCAAAUUAUUUGCUGUUUGCUUGAUAACUCAAUGAUUUUAGAUUUAGAUGCCAUUUCUGGAGGUCAUCUGUUUACAGUAUUUGAUAUAAAACAACAAAACUGACGUGGUAUGAAUUUAAGCCUUGACUUCACUAACAUAGUGAACUGAUUGCUGGUUGAUUUGGUGUAAAUAUCCCAGGGAGCGAAGCAAGAAUAUACACAAAACAAGAAAGUGACUGCAGGGAAAAAGAAGCAAUGCAUAAUUUGUGUGCUACAAAUAAAAGAACAGAGCAGUGUUGUACGGAGCAUAAAGAGAGACUGGAGUUAUUUUGUAAGGAUGAUGAGACCUUUAUCUGUGUCCUGUGUGUUCCCAGACAUUCCAGCCACAGUUUUGUAUUCCUGCACGAGGCAAUCAGUGUGUAUAAGGACAAGAUAAAAACAACUUUACCAUCUCUAGAAUCCAAAGUGAAAGAAUUUAAAUACAUGCAAAACCAUCAUGAAAAGGGAAUUGUAGAUAUAAAUGAAGAUGUUUUUAAUUUGGAGAAAUACAUUAAACAACAGUUUGCAGAAUUACACCAGUUUCUCCUAGACAAGGAACAACAACUCAUCCAGCAGCUGAAGAGUGACGAAGCAAAUACUCUAAAACAGAUGGAAGGAAAUCUCGAGUGCAUUAAACAAGAGAUCGUUACCUACCUUGUGACAGACUCUGAUGACAACUUGGAGCUCAUGAUUAAAGAAGAGGACAGCCUGAAAAUAAUGGAAGAAAAUGUUAAAUCUGUUGAAAAUGAUGCUGUGGCCAUUAAGGGCGUUAGUCACAGCAACUUGGAGAUCAGACAACCGGAACCUGUUGGUUUGCUAACAGUACCAGAAACCUUUGAAGAUGUCACUGUUACUUUUACAGAAGAGGAGUGGAAGUUAUUAAGGAAACAAGAUAAGGACCUGUACAGGGACGUGAUGGUACAGAACUACGAAACCUGUGUUUCUGUUGGAUACAAAAUUCCUCCAGAGAAGUUAUUACAGCUAUUUAAAGCAGAUGAAGUUCCAAAGGAUAUUGUGACGGGAAUAAAUAUCAGGAAGCAGAAGGAUCAUUUUGAAGAUAACUUCAACAGCAUGACGAGUACAGACUGCAAUGUGAAUUGCAGUCAACAGCUAGCUCUUGUGAAAACACAGUUACAUGACCCUAGAAGGAACCUUGAGCAGAGGUCUCAGCCUGGAAAGGACAUUGAUGAGGUUUAUCUCACUCGUGUACCACGGCUUCCAUCAGACCAUCUGUGCCACCAAACCCCUGAAUGUGACAAUGGAAGACCUGUGACACAUCACCCGACAGAGCAUUUACAGCUGCUUGCUCAGCUGGUGAAGGUGUGUGAUGAGCUUUCUCUUGCUCCUACUCCAAGACUUCAAUCAGUACAUGGCUGCAGCAGGAGCUCUGAAUGUGACACAACUGAAAGAUUUCACACAAAGAAAGAAACACACAAAUGUGCUGAAUGCAAUAAGUCUUUCACACGUGCCAGUGGCCUGAAAGUUCAUCAAGCCGUUCACACAGGAUUGAAACCAUAUAAAUGUACUGCAUGCAGUAAGUGUUUCGCACAGCUAAGCAAUCUUCGACAGCACUUUGCCAUUCACACAGGAGUGAAGCGUUUUAAAUGUACUGAAUGUGGUAAGUGCUUUACAUAUCACAGCAGUCUUCAGGCACAUCAUGCUACUCACACUGGCCUGAAACCACAUAAAUGUACUGAAUGCAGUAAGUCUUUCACAUGGGCCAGUAAGCUAAAAAAGCAUCAAGCCAUUCACGUAGGAGAGAAAUGGGGGUCCAAAUGGAGAGAUGACAAGUCAGCAAGCAAAGGAAAGCAGUAUUGCUGAAAUUGAAUUCAUCCUCAAGUCUUGGUGAGUACCUUCGAAAGGUGGACCCUGUUUUUCACAAAACCUUACCAAGAUGAUGCUGAUAUAUAUGGAAAUCUUGCAAUAAAAAAAAAAUAAUAUCACAAAGAUGGAAUGUAGAAAAGAAGGUUAGUAAAGUAGAAGUUAAAAACAAUA